GGCCACACCCGCAGCCCCUCACUUGGCUGUCGAUCAACUGAGACCAGAGGUGGCACGAGCACAAGUUUGGCUGGACAUAUUCCAAAACCUCACCACUGAAACAGUACGGAAACCACCAGAGGGUAUAAAAAGGGCCAUGGUUUGCCUAGUCAGUGUUGCAGUGUGACCAAAUUUAACCAACACAAUGGGAAAGAUAAUAUUCUACGAGGACAAGAACUUCCAGGGUCGCUCCUAUGAGUGCAGUGUCGACUGUGCCGACCUGCACACCCAUUUCAGCCGCUGUAACUCCAUACAAGUGGAGAGCGGUAGCUGGAUGGUCUAUGAGUGCCCAAACUACAUGGGCUACCAGUACUUCCUGAGAAGGGGAGAGUAUCCCGACUACCAGCGCUGGAUGGGCUUUAAUGAUUGCGUGAAAUCCUGCCGCAUGAUCCCUCAAAAUCAGGGAGCUCACAAGAUGAGGAUCUACGAGCGCUCUGACUUUGGCGGUCAGAUGUUGGAGUUUGCCGAUGACCUCCCCUCCCUCUAUGAUCGAUUCCAGUACAAUGAUAUCCACUCCUGCAAUGUUAUGGAGGGUUAUUGGCUCUUCUAUGAGCAUCCCAACUACAGAGGCAGGCAGUAUCUCCUGAGGCCUGGCGAGUACAGGAGAUACAGUGACUGGGGAGCCAUCAAUUCAAGGAUUGGUUCAAUCAGACGUGUUGUUGCUCACCCAAACUGACAGGCAAUACAUCAUCAACAUGAAACUGAGCCUAACAUUGAAAUGAAAUAAAGUUAGGUCCACCUGCAAUCCUAUUGUCUUCUAUAGUAUUCACUCAAUAAGUAUGAAAACAUGCUACAUACUGUCGCUAUAACCUACUAUACACCUUGCAAAGUUUCAGCAUAUUUGUUGAAUCGAGGCAUUUAAUAGUUUUACGUCUUAUACUGUCGUUUUGAGAGAAAACUGAUGAUCAUAUUCAUCGUCCAAACACAAAAUUAUAGUCAAUAACAUAAUGGUUUAUAUUUUCAAGCCAUUUAUCCAAAGACGUAAGAAUGCUUACCUCACACAACUAAAAUACGUUUUACUUCUAAAGUAAAACCAUAACACUCACACAGCAAAUUUGAGAUCUGAAUUUUAACACCCAAAGUGUUAAAUGUAACACUUUCUUAGUGUGUACUGUAUAUGUGACCCACCGAAAGGUAGGGAAGAUUGAUAAAUGAGACUACUAUCUAAACCAUAUAAACUGGAACAACCAUCUCAAUAACGGGUGAAAUAAGUCCACUUACAGAUUGUAUUAGUUUAAAAAAAUGUACUUUAUUUAUCUUUGUGUAGUAUAAGAUCAACUAAUCAAUCAUUGUGCAUGCAGAAACAUAGAUAUUCAAACAAAUUAUUCUAAAAAGCAACCUGCAACAAAGCAUGCUGGGAAAUAUGAUAAUGAGGCUUUUUCACUCUGAGAGAGUAAACGGAAAAAUAACUCAACAUAGUCGAGUAACAACAACCCCAUGUGGUGUUGAUUCCACUGUGGAAUGGCCAGAAUCCUAACGUAAUCUUAAUUUGAUCUCAACGCACAAUUUUCACAAGUCUGAGUUUAGCACAUGGUCCUGAGGUUAGGAUUUGGGCCUUUAUGUAUGCUGUCCCUUAGUAACAUACUCCAUAAAUAUGGUAUGCUAUUUCUUUGAUAUGCAGACCAGCUGCAUCCACAGUUGUGGGCCUUGAGUUGAGACAUAAAGGCAUCAUCUUCCCAUGUGAUGUGUGCAAUAAGCACUCUAGGUAAUUAGGUACUCCUCAUAGGAAUAUUUUACUCCCUUUAGAAUUGUAUGGAACGUGACAGAGUCUGGUCUAGUGGUAGAGCUGCCAAUUCCAGACCCCGCAUACCCGCUGGCAACGGGGUAACGAAUACUGCCUUGGUUGGUCUUGUCGUAGUAAAUAUAAUUUGUUAUAGAUUGGUCUGACUAAAAUGUUCUGUAAGACCCAUUUGGAGCCUGUUUUCAAUAAAUGCUGUUCCAGGUCAGAGAACAAAAGGACAGAGGAGAACACCUUAUCUUCUCACCAGAUGGCCUAGGAAUGCGAUAAUAGGACAACACCCCCACCUCCGGCCAUAAACCAACAGAUACUCCUCAACGAGUUCCCUGGACACACACAAACAUUUCAUUUGCACGCACACUCAUUCUCCACUCCCCUGUCUA